AUGGGGGGUUUGUUCCUGUGUGCAUGGAUACGGCGUAUAAAAGCCCCUGAAGGGGUAGUUCAGGCACUUCCUCCUAGGCUGACCUGCGAGAGAGCGUCAGGCAGCAUGAAAACCAGGCAGUGGCUGCUGGCUGUGUGCUUGUCUCUGGUCUCAGGUGCUGUAAACUCUUAUUCACUGUUGGGCUUUCGAUCAUUCUGCGUGCAUCUUGGACUAUCUAUUGUUUUCAUGGUUGUUGAAAUAGAUUAGAGCUUGACGAUUAAACCUGUCUUUUAUUUUCAUGCUUACUCUACGUUCGAUAUUAAAAAUGCUCUUUUUCAAUCACAUGAUUCAUCCAUGCAUUACAAAUCUAAAAAUAACAACAAAAAUAUGACAUUUCUGCCAUAUCCAGACUUUAUUUCAUGUUUUCUUUUUGGCACUAAUUGUAAUCUUCACAUCUUCUUCCAGUUUUGGGAACAGGAGAAUCUGUCACAGUCACAGAAACUCAUAAAGGUGAGUAAUUUAUUAUUUUUUUCACUUAUUAUUUUUUUUUACUUUUAUGAAGCUUCUCUCAAAUCAAUACGAUCAACAAAUUACUAAAAAAACACCUUAAUACAGUCCAAUAAAUGAUAAAAAUGUCAUCUUGUUGUUUAUCAGUUUCCAAAAACAUCUAAUGUAUCAAACGAGAUAAAAAAUGUAUAUAUGUUAAAUUUUAAGGACAUUUUGAUUUUUUUGGUUUUCAUUAAUAAGUAUAAGAAACAUUUCAGCUAAAAAAAAUUAAUUUUCUGGCCAUAAUUUUUGGUUUCAGGCAUUAAAGGGCUAGAUUAGUUUUUAAAGAUUAUAUGCAAGAACCCAGUGAGCAUAUUUUGUUCUAAAAGAGGCCUAAUAGACGUCUAAAUGUAGUCUAGACGACUGGUCUAAAAUCAGGGUACCACAGGUCAAAAUGAAAGUUUUCAGACGUCUAAAUUUAGACUGAGUUUACACUAGCCAGCUAACAGAGGUCUACCAGUAUAUUGCUCAACGGCUAUCACAAUUGUUUUGGUUUAGUACUUGGAGAUCAGUAAUGCAAUUCACAGUUGCUUUUUGAAAUAAAUACUUAUCAAAUAGCGGGUUAAAGACAGUUGAAAUUAGGUCUAAAAAAUAACUAGACGUCAAAUAACCGUCUAUUGCUCAGUGGGAUGUUUAAUAGCUGGUCAAACUGUGAUGUUAGAUUGAUUCAAAGCUGAUGCUGCUGUUCUUCAGUCUAACAGAAUUUCUUCAUUAUGAGAUUAAUUCAAUCUGCUAAAAUAGUUAAGGAUAACUCAUUUCAUUUCUCUUCCUGUCGUGAUCAGACACUUGCAGGACAUUCGGCAGUGGUGUCGUUCAGCCGUUCAAUGGCUCGAGUUUUUACGUGCGGUCUAAUUGCCAGUUCACCCUCACCCGCUUCACCCACAACCGAGUGGAGUGCGAUAUCACCACGCGCCGAGAUGACAGCGGGCUUCUGGUUCGAGUGGAGAUCAUCAUGAAUAGAAUCCGGACUGUUCUACAGAACGGCAGCAUCCUGGUGGAGGGGAAAAGGUUUGAGCCUCGCCUUGACACGCCCUAAUGCCGUCUUAAAUCUAAUAAUGAGAAACCAACAGGUUGUAACCACACUGACCCAGUUCUCCAUGUGGUUUGCAUUAAUGUCAUUGACUUUAGUUGAUUAUUGGCUUUGGAUCUGGUGAAGUGUGAACUGAAAUGGUUUGUCUCUUCGGUUGAAGUAAAUCAAAACAUGCAGAGCAUCAUUUUCUUACUUAACAAUCUGCAAGGUGACCUCGAACCCUUAACACCUCACUGGUUUGAUCGUUGUGCCUGUCCUUUUCAGAGUUAACGAGGUGAGAAGGUUUUUGGUUGACCAGGAGUCAGGAUAAUGAUUUUUUAAGAUAAUAUCAUCCCACAAAAAGACAUGCUAGUUUUUUAACAUGAUAACACACAUAAUCAGCCUCUUCUUUUUAAUAUAAAAUCCACAUAUUUCUAUGAAUAUUCACAAUUCCUAUGUGAUUUGCAUUAAAUAUACACACUACUGCAUUGUGUUCCCAGGGUUUCCCUCCCAUACGAUCACACCUACCAGCACAUCUUCUACUAUGGCAUCUACACCAAACUGAGGAGCUCCCUGCUUCCUCUGUCCAUCACCUGGCACAACGUACCUGGAGGAAUAGACACAGUGUGGGUGAGAGGACACACACUUUACAUACUUUUCUAUACUAACAGCAGAACAACCUGCUUAUCUCGCAUUUAUUUUUCCUUUAAUGAGAUGUUUCUCUUGUUUUUACCAAUAACGUCUUUUUAUAUUUCCUUGCUUUUAACAUGUAGCCCUUUGAGGUCUCUGGAUGUAAAGGGCACUACAAAUAAAAUGUAUUAUUAUUACCAUUAUGAACAUAAUAAUUCUGAGUAAGUCUGAGUGUUUGAUGUAAUUUGACUUUAUAGAAAAACUAUAAAAACUUUUCAUCUAGGUGGAGCUGGAUCAGAAACUGAGCACUGACAUGACCGGACUGUGUGGACAACCAAGCACCCAAGGUAUGUUGGUAAUUACAGCAAAGUGAGGCAUGAUGAAGUUAACCUUUUAUUAGUUCCUCUAGCUUUGGCAAAAACCCCAAAGUGUUAUUUUCUUAUUAAGGUAACAUGCAGCAGCUGAUCUCUGAGAGUGUGCUGGCUGACGACACGUGUCAAAGCCGAGAUCCUGUCUCUACUGUGAAUACUGUAAGCUCAGACAUAAAGACACACACAUGUUGUUAAAGUCUUUGUCCCAGAGCUUGAGAUGGUUCCUCUGACCCUGUUUGCAGGAAUGCAGACAGUUCUUUUCCUACACACUGGAUUGCCUUCAAGCUGAGAUGCCCCAUUACAUGCAGCUCUGUGACGAGAACAUCUACAGCUACGAAAGAAGCAAAUACAUUAGUUGCGCUUUCUUCAAAGAGGUCAUCUUGAAGUGUGGAAACAACAGCUUCGCCUGGGACAUUUGGAGAACUGUUACUGAAUGUGGUAGGUGUAUUAAAAAACAGAUAUCCUUUGAUAACAUCGAUUUAAUGGAUACUUUAUUUGAUGUAAUGUUUCUUUGGGGUUUCUAUAGCAAAACCAAGCUGUCCUGGAAACCUCGAUUAUGUAGAACAGGGUCAGGCCUUUGUCCCCAGCUGCUCCAGACCAAACCCAAAAUACUCCGAUGAGGAUCUCAUCAGCUCCUGUGUCUGCCCAGAGGGUGAGCUUCAUCUGACAUGGACGAACACCUCUUUGCUUAUAUAUUAAGUCACGGUUAGGAGCAUUAUAAUCAGUUGGACUAUAUUUUACAUUGAAGGUAAGGUGGUCAACGAUCGUGCAGAAGGAUUUCAGUGUGUGAGAGUGUCCAGCUGUCCGUGUGAGUUCGCCGGCAGGAGUUAUUCACCUGGAGACACGCGCAGCACCAAGUGUCAAUCAUGGUGAGUCGAUAUUUUGUCGUGGAUUAUUAAUGAUUUCAUAUUUCUAAAAUUUCGUCGAAUUUUUCUCCACAGCGUGUGUGACAGUGGGAAAUGGCUAUGCUCAGAAAACUUAUGCGCGACCAGAUGUUCGAUUGAAGGGUAUUUUGUGACGACAUUCGACGGCAAACAGUACGCCGUCCCCGGUAAAUGUUCUUAUGUGGCCUCGCAGGUACAUUUUCCGUCAUCUCCAACAUUUAACAUAAAACAUAAACCAAUGACAUCCACAGUUUUUUUUUUUUUAAACUGAUGACUCUGAUUGAUUUUAAAGGGUCUCAACUGGAAAAUCCUAGUUAAGUUUUCAGCGAAGGCACCCUCUCUAAAAACGGUGACACUGCAGAUUUUUCAGGUAUGUGUCACGUUUUAAUUUUAUUUAAAAAAACUUUCUAUCAAAUGUGGAAAAAGAAAUGGACUGUUUCUGUUUUGUAUAUACAGGAAAAAUACACAUUCUCACCCAACAUGGUUAAAGUCGGAGAAGAGGAGAUCACUGAACUCCACCUGUCUGGUAGAUAUAAGAGAAAUUUUGUCCAAUGGGCUUAUGUUGGUGUCCUUAAAGGCACCAUGAGGGGUUUUUAACUGGUUUAGAAAAUAAUAAUAUGGACUCUUUAUGACUUUGAGUAAAAUUCAACAUUAAAAAGUAACAGGAUGAGACAGCAGAUAAGAGGUAUCACCGAUAUCCACACAAACCAUAAGUUCUUUACCGUAGCUUUAAUAUAAAGGUCAAGCAGUAAAGCCAUCCACUGAUGUUAGCUAACUAAGUCACCCACUGAGUCACUCACCUUCCUUUGUAUCGUUUCAGAUCAUGCUCUGGUGUUCUGGCAGUCCUCCAUGUAUAUUCAGGUGCAAACGUCCUUGGGAGUCAACAUCGAAAUCCAGAUGUCUCCUGAAAUUCAGCUGUACAUCACACCACCUGGAAACCACACCGGGGUGAUCUCUGGUAAGGAUUUAAAAAAAAAAAACUAUGGCUUCAGCAUCCUUUAUUUAAAGAUGUAAUUUAUUUAAGCCUUUAAAGACUAUGAAAAAGUUCUGAAAAAUACAAAGUUUGAUAUUUCUUCAUAAUUUGGUGUGUUUCAGGUCUUUGUGGCAAUAACAACAAUGACACCACAGACGAUUUCACCACCAGUAGUGGGAUUGUGGAAAACUCACCUCAGCCCUUUGCUGUUUCCUGGAGUGUUGGUGCUUGUGCGCCGAACAUACCCCCCACCUGCAUCAAAACAGACAACGGUACCUUUUAACACACAAAAGUGCUCCGAAGUGGUGAUAUUAUUCACUUAAGCUUAUUCUCAAUCAUUUGUAGAAUAAAGCUCUGUAAAGAAUUCAGUACUUGAAUUUGCAGGUUUUUGUGUUUUUUGUUUUGCAGAAAUAUUUGCUACUGAAAAGUGCUCUUUGCUGAAUGACCAGAAUGGCAUAUUUGCUGAGUGCCACGCUCAUAUCCCAACUGACUACUACUACACGGUAACAGCUUGUCACACUAAAGUUACAUUCUUAAGUUUUGGUUUUGAUGAAUUAUCUCAGUUUAGGCUUUUAAUUCUAGACCUGCAUCCAAAGAACCUGCAACUGUGAGGGCAACUUGCAGCAGUGCUUGUGUGCGGCCCUGGGCAGUUAUGUCAAAGCCUGCUCCAGUCUGGGUGUUGACGUUGGUGACUGGCGGAAAGUGACCAACUGCAGUGAGUUCAUGUUGAAUAUAUUCAGAUUAGGGAUGCACCGAUCUGAUAUAUGGAUCGGAUAACGGCUCUGAUAUUGACAAAUUAAGUGAUAUUCAAAACAACAGGUCCAAAAAGCCCAACUUUGAGUUGUUCAUCGGUUAACUUGUUUUUUCAUGGUUGAUAUGAAAUGUUUGAGACAGGAUGUAUUUGCGCCUAGAGUCUUGAAAAGAGGAACUGUUAAUGACCGCCAUAUUAAAUCAGUAAUCAUUAAUCAUGUUGUGUUUUAGCCGUUAAAUGCCAAAACAACCAAGAGUUCUCCUACAACAUCCACUCCUGCAACCGUACAUGCCGUUCACUGUCUAGCCUCGACCCUCGCUGUGGACUGGAUGAUGAACCAGUGGAGGGCUGCGGCUGCCCAGAGGGGACUCAUCUGAACCAAGGACAUGUCUGUACACCCAAGGCUGAAUGCAAUUGUUUUCACCAAAAUGGCUCAACAGCUCCUGGACCUGUUAUCAUCGAUGGACAAAAGUGGUGGGUUGAUCAGAGUAUUGUCCUUUCAUGAUUUUUACUUAAUGGCAAAAGCUGUUACCAACUUUCUACCCAAAAGGAAGUCCUCCUAACACUGCUGCAACAUGCCCAGCUGUGAUAUUAAGUAGCUUUCAGUAACACUUUACAAUAUCCAUAACUUCUAAGUGGUAAAUAGACCCUUUAUAAAUGGUAAGCAGAUAGUUUAUUAAUGUUUGAUCAUCAAUUGUAAAUAGCAUAUAAACCAUUAAUAAAUUGUAAUUUUUACGAUUUUAAAAACCUAAUCCUAACCCUAACUUUACAAUAACCAUCUAAGUAAUUUUUAUAGAUGGUUUAAAAACCAAAUAUUAACCAUUUACAAAGUGCUUCUGACACACAUUUUAAUCUAGAUGUUUUACAACCAAUAUUUAAACCCUCUAUAAACCUUUAAUAAAUAGUCCAUUAAUAAGUAAUGAAAAUUAUUAAUCAUAAUUUCAUUGCCUGUUAAUGGUAAAGUACCUAUUAACUUACAUGAAUAAACUAUCUAUUUGCCAUCCAAGGUAUCCAAGAUAAUAGGAGCUGCAGAGAGACAUGAGCUGAGAGAAUAAAUGGAAAAUUAAAAAAUAAUAUUGUAAAAAUUAUAUUUGAGUGAAUCAUUUCAUUUUCGCCCAGAGAGAGGUGUAAAUUGUGGCAGUAAAAAUAUAUUUCUAUUGAUUUUGUUGUAAUGGAGUAACCGAUUCGUUACCGUCAUUGCUCCAGUAGCGCAAUUCUACUCGCGCAUGCGUUGUUCCGAAACUCUGGUAGCUAGCAGAUUCGUGCACCAUGGGCAGUGUAGUCAAAAUCAUCCCCCUUAAAAAACGAUCUUCCCAACUUUCCAUCUCUUGAGCCAUUUCUGUCAAUGAAUGUGGAAAUAUUACAAUAUUACCGCAAUUUUAACGUUUUACGGGUGAGACGGAGCGGCGUCCUCACUGACUGCAGCGCGUGGAAACAUUUCCCUCCCCGCCAGCGUCGCUAAUUCCCCACUAGACAGCGCUACUUUACUUCUCCCUUUUCUGUUGGAUGGGUAACCAAGGUUGGAGCUCUAUCAGUUAACUCAACACACACAUUCACACAGAUAAUUAUCCUUCUACUUACCUGCCGGGUGUCCUUUCACGCCAUCAUGCCGGCUCGUGUUUCCAAUUGAGAAACAGAGCGCGUGACUUCCGGGUGUAAAAUAGGUGGGUAUGGCGGCUCAAAGUGGUCACAUGAUGCAAGAAAAAUUAAUUCCCUUGUUAUUUACCAUGAAUCCCUAAAAAUUAAUGCUUCAUUGAUUUGUGUAAAAACUGAGUUAAAAUGGCAAAAACUUACAGAAAAAGUAUGAAGGUUAAAAAUGGUUAAAAUAUAAAUAUAAAUAAAAUAAAAUGUGAAUACAUUUUUUUUUUCUUUUUUUCCAAACUACUGGGAGGGGCUAGAGGGGUUUAAAAGACGGCUUCCUGCGCCUCUCUUUCUAUGAGUCUGGAGUUUGUUGUCUGGAAGGUCUUUUGAGGAAACUACAGGAAAGUAGAAUGAGAGUUUUGAACCUUAAGAAUCUAUCUAGUCUGGGAAAAGGAGAGUGUAAAGCAAUGUUUGAGUUUUUAAAACAAACAGAACUAAUGAACAGAAUUUAGUUUAAAGUAAAAAUGAAUUUAUUUUCUAAUGGGAUUAGGGACCUACGCUCACACUCUUGCAUGGUAGGUGGCCGUAAAACAACAAGAAGAAAAAGUUUUAUGGAAGGUAACUGCAAACUGACUUUAGUAGUGCUGCUGUGUUUCUGUUUUUUUUUCUCUUGAGAAUCUUGAGUUAUAGUAAAACUUUUGACUUGUUGGCAUUUUCCUUUUUUACCUUGUACAUUUUGUAAAUGGUAUUCAACCCUUAAUUUUUGUACUUUUGUAAAGUUUUUUGCACUGCACCUUGGAAGGCCGGCUAAAUCCGAUCACCAUCACCGUGUUUUCCACUACGCCUGUGUUUUUCCACUAUAUUGUGAUUGUUUGAGCGAGAACCCCGCAACAAAGGUCUUUGCACACAUUUAAUAAAAUACUCUAGGUGAGGUGGCGCAUGUAAAAAUGACACUUUUUUUUCCUUUUUAAAAAAAAAAAAAAAAUGACAUCAGUGAACAGCGCUGGUGGCGCUGUUGCGAUUUCAGUAUCAUGGCCGAGUGACAUGGACAGCUCAAUCUGAGCGAUUAAUAGUAAUUAUCUUUGCGCUUUAGAGACAAUAAAAUGGAUACAUGUCUGUCCCAAACAAUAAAAUCCACCAACCCUCUGAUAUAUAUAUUUUUUUCACAAUUCAACUACUGACCAUAGGGGGCAUACUCUCAUGAAAUUUGGUGGACAUUUUUUUUUUAAGAGAGUCAAAAGUUAUUGCCUCAUACCAUUGUUAUUGAAUGGUGACGCAUGAAGAAUCUCCAGUUAUUCCCAUCAGCCAAGGAAAAAAUACUCGACUCUACCGACACAAAUUUACACCUGUUAUGGUAUUCUCAACAUGUAAUGUACUUAUGCAAAGCUGUGUCAUUUCUCAACUAAGUACUGUGUUUGCAGCUCUUGUGACGAUGGAGAACUGCGCUGUUCCAAGGACUGUGGUAAAUAUAUAUAUUUUUCUUUUGGUGUUUUCUUUGUUGUAUUGCCCAAACUUAAUUACUUUAUAGUAGAUUUUCACACAGAAGUUGACACAGUUUUUAAAUAAAAUGUCUAAAACUGCUUUGUAAAUUUAAAAAGAAGUAAAAUAUUGACAAAUAUUUAAAUAACAUAUCUGUUUUUUGUGGAUCAGGUUGCCAAAAUGGGAAAGUUUGUGUUCACUGCUCAGAGAACCCGGUCAGCACCGCUCAAAAAACCUGUGACAGUCUCAGCAAACCAACGGUGGGUCAAGACAACACAGAAUUUAAUCGGAUAAAUUCCUGCUCAUCUUGAAUUCAAACACAUAUGCAUCUACUUAAUUCCACAUUCAUCACAUUUAGACUUUGUCCAAAUAUUUCUGAUGCAACGUUGUGCUGAGUGAUUGUUUUAAAUGUGAUCUUAGGGCACGAGUAUGACCUGUGAGAGCGGCUGUUACUGCCCACAAGACAUGUACGAGGAUCACCGUGGAAACUGUGUGUACCUGGAUAAUUGCACCUGUGUGUACAGCAGCCAAGUAUUCAGUGCAGGACAAAGUGUUAAAACCAACUGCAAAACAUGGUAACACCUGCGUUAGUUCUGCCGUUCCACCUGAAAGACUGAGAGUAAUGGUUAAAUUUGAGGUUGACGUCUGUCGCUCUGUCCUGCAGCGUCUGUGGACGGGGUCAGUGGCACUGCAAAGAGGAGCCGUGUCCUGGGAGGUGUCAGGUCUACGGAAAUGGGCAUUACCAGACCUUUGACUCCAAAUGGUACCGCUUUGAUGGGAACUGCCAGUACACGCUCGUAGAGGUGAGAUCAAACAUGAAAGUGGAAAUGAAGUCCGUGCUUACGACUCUUUGAUCCAGCUUUGUGAGUUUACCAAGAGCUGUCUUCAAAGGAUGCGCUACAUCUAAAUACCCUGACUGCAGGGCAUGGAAGUAAAUCCUCUUACGUUGCCUGUAUGUUUCUCCUCUUUGUAAACUGCAGGAUGACUGUGGAAAUGGAGACAGCACCUUCUCUGUGAGGGUGGAGAGUGUUCCCUGCUGUGAUGAGGCUCUCACAUGCUCUCGCUCCAUCAUCUUCGAUCUCCAGGUGGAUGAUUGAUUAUUUUGCUAAUCUCAUUUGUCUUUCCCUAAAAAAAAAACUGAUACUUUGUUCACAUGAAUAUUGCAAACUCUUCAUAUAUCUUAUCCCUGUGCUGUCCCGACCCAGGGCAAAGUCACCUUAAUGAUGAGCGACAUGAGGGUGACCAGCCGCUACCAUGUUGAUGGGACCCAGGAGGGCUCGCUGUACUUCAUCCACACUGUGGGACUCUACAUCAUAAUCUCAGUUCCCAGUGAGGGGAUAACUCUGAUCUGGGACAAACACACCAGGAUCACUGUGGAGCUGAGUUCAUACUGGAGGGUGAGAUAUCAGGAACUCAUAAUCUGGUCAUCUGCUGUUUGUCACAUCACAAAAUCAUUCGAUACCGACUCAGUUACUCUUUUUUGUAAUCAUUGACCAUCACUGGUCAUAUGUGAUGUAACUAUCUCUCCUAAAGGGAUCAAUAAAGUUCUUCUUCUCCUUCUUUUUCUUGUCUUCCUUUUUUUCUUUUUCUUCUUUUUGUCUUUUUCCCACAUUCUUUCUUCUUGUAAUUUUUUUUCUCAUUUUUUUGUUUUUCUUCUUUCUUUUCAUUAUUUUUUGUUAUUUUUUCUUUUUCUUCUUUUCUCUUAUUUGUUUCUUCUUUGUCUCUUUUUUCUUUAUCAUCUUUUUUUUCUAUGUCUCUUUUUUCUUUAUCAUCUUUCUUAUUUUUUCUUCUCGUUUUUCUUUUUUUUUCUUUUUCUCCUUUUUUUCUCUUUUUCCUUUUUUUCUCCUUUUUCUUUCUCUUUUUUCUUUUUCUUCUUUUUCUCAUUUUUUCCUCUACUUCUUCCUCUUCUUCUUCCACUUCUACUUCUUCAGCACAAAGUGUGCGGCCUCUGUGGGAACUUUGACUCCAAUGAGAUGAAUGACAUACAGCUCAGCGGUUCAGCAGGUAAACAUGUUUCCUCUUUGUCUUAUAAAGUACAUUAUUUUUGCAACAGCUGUCAUGAUAAAGGUAAUAAUCUGUUUUAGGGAUGUCCAGCCCCCUGGCCUUUGGGAACAGCUGGAAAGCUGCCACUCCUCCCUGCUCUGAUGUGAUAACUGAGAUAUUUCCAUGCGAGCGACACUCUUACUGCUCUGCCUGGGCCGAGCGCCGCUGUAUGAUUCUCAAAGGAGACACGUUCCAAAGCUGUCACUUAAAAGUGUGUAUGUUAUAUAUUUUCAGCGACUAUUUAGAUUAGUAGGUAGGUAAAUGCUUUUUUAUGAAUAGUCUGAAUUUUCCAGGUUGAUCCGGAGCCCUACUACCACGCCUGUGUGCAAGAGUCAUGCUCUUGUGAGUUUGAAGGGAAGUUCCUGGGCUUCUGCACGGCUGUGGCGGCCUAUGCACAGGCCUGCAGCGACCAGGAUGUGUGUGUAGACUGGAGAACACCUGAUAUGUGUCGUAAGUUAAACCAGUAUGACGACUUCCAGUGAGAAAUAUAAACUAACAUAACAUCAUGAACACCUGUCUGAUCUGAUGCAAUGUAACACAACAACAUACCACUAAAUCUAUCUCAGGAGGCUUCUAAAUUUGCAGGUUACACUGACAUGAUCAGACAGGUGAUUGUUGUACUUCACAUUCAUUAUUAAAGGCACAGUGUGUGAUGCUAAACUGAAGGGUCUGUUUACUGUCUUGAUAAUAUGGUGAUUAUUAUAGCAUUUACCACAUUUUAAAAGGACGUAUAAAUGUUCUUUUCCUGUCCACUCUAUUAAAUGUUUUAUCAUAAUGUAUUAUUGUUGAAUGUUGGCAAAAUUAUACCUGACCAAACCUGCAGUAAUUCAGCUUUGAUUAUUGAACCUCAGCGGUCUACUGUGACUACUACAACGAGAAGGGUCAGUGUAGCUGGCACUAUGAAGCCUGUGGUCAGAUGCUCACCUGUGGCAGAAGCAACCUCACCCACAAGCUGGAAGGUACUGUAAUUGAACAAAUAACUUCUUUUAAGUGAAUAUAUGCUUUUUUAUUCAGCCGUCUUUGGAUCUAAUAGUAAACUAAUUCAGUGUUUAUUCUUCAAAAAGGUUGUUACCCAAGAUGUUCAAAGGACAUGCCAUAUUAUGAUGAAAAUACUGGUGAAUGCACCAAAUUAAGAAACUGCACCUGUGAUUUUAAUGGCACUGUCAUUCAUCCUGGAGCAGUUGUGCGGAUACAGUCGAAAAACUGGUAAGUAAAUGCUUCUAUAUUUAAUUUUUCAGGUCAUCUGUAAUGUGCAGAUUGCUUUAUUUUCUACUGGAUUUGAUGUAACCUAACUUUUAUUGUCCUUGUCAGCCACUGUGAAGAUGGAACGAUCCAAUGUCGUAAGUAUAUGAGUUAUUAUCCUGUAUUAACAGUUAUAUUCACAGGCAGUCUGGUUUUUGACUGUUUUGGGUUACAUACAUGCUGAUUUAAAAAUGCAGGACCUUAACACCCCUUCCAAUCCAACAGCACCUACACCCACAACUACAACUGAACCUCCAACUACAACUAAAACAACUGAACCUCCAACCACAACAGUGCCACCAACUACAACAAGACAUCCAACCACAACAACACCAACUACAACUGAACCUCCAACCACAACAUCAACUACAACAAUACCACCAACUACAACUGAACCUCCAACAUCAACUACAACAAUACCACCAACUACAACUGAACUUCCAACCACAAAAUCAACUACAACAAUACCACCAACUACAACUGAACCUCCAACAACAACGUCAACUACAACAAUACCACCAACUACAACUGAACUUCCAACCACAAAAUCAACUACAACAAUACCACCAACUACAACUCAACAAAACUACAACUGA